AUGUUGACGACUUCACCGAUAAUUACUAGCCCUAGCUCUUCCAAGAAUGUUUCUCCUCGAACCUUCAAGUACGUCCCCGCCAGAACGCCCCAAGGGUCGCCGAGUCUCCCUUCCUCGUCACGCAGUAUUAGCCGGCAGAGCGCCGGUCUGUCGCAGUCGCCUAAAAAAAUAACCAUUUCUCCGACGGCCAGGACCCUGAUGUCUUCUCCGACUACUAUGCAACCCUCCCUAGGCGGUGCCGGCGACAGACCCGCCUCCGGGCUUACCCCGUCCGGUGGGAGCAUGCCGACCCAGUCUUCCAGUUCGGACGACCCCCAGGUCCUGGCAGUCCACAGAACGCCUAAUGCCGAACGGUCGCACGCGGAUGCGCAAACUACGUCGAAGAAGUCACAGUCCGUCAAGAGGAGGCCCAAUUCCCCUGCGGCGGAACCUAGUGCUGCUCAGGACUGCCGGGCACAAUCUUCUCAGAAUGCAGGUUCGCAAGAGUCUGCUCGACCGGCCCAGCGACAUAGAACAUUGCCAGCCGAGCCGAAGGUACUCCCGCUCGCAUACGAGAAUUGUCCCGUGGGAGAUAUGGUCAUCUUAAUAGCUCACAUGCUAUCGGAGUUGAUCGAGACGAAUGACGGCCUUGCCUUGCGCUCUGGCAGCUUAACCCGCUUCCAUUCUAGAACUGCGCCUGGUAUCUCCGUACUAGACUACCUAAACCGUCUUGCUCACCAUGCGACCUUAUCGCCGCCGUUGCUACUAUCCAUGGUAUAUUAUAUUGACCGCCUAUGUGCGCUAUAUCCCGAGUUCACUAUCAACACUCUUACGGUACAUCGCUUCCUUAUUACUGCAGCUACUGUUGCCGCCAAGGGGUUAUCGGACUCCUUCUGGAACAACGCUACUUACGCCAAGGUCGGCGGUAUUCGCGUUACUGAACUGAAGCUUCUCGAGCUCGAAUUCCUCUACAGGGUUGACUGGAAGAUUGUCCCUAAUCCGGACGUGCUUGUGGCAUAUUACAAGGGCUUGGUAGAAAGGUGCCCCGGCUACAUACUCCAGCCAUCUACCCAGAGCUCCCCGAGCAAAAACGAUCAAUUAGAGGAUCCUGAGACGACAAGCCCUAAUGGUGAGACUACCGCAGUCUCUGCAGAUGCCGCCGCUGCUCCGGAGCAUGCGGAUGAUUGA